UUUAAGAAGAAUAAUGGAGUAUCAUCUACCUAUCUUCUUUAUUAUGGUGUGUACAAGAGUUUUCCGCGAACCUUCCCGAGCACCUGAACCAGCCCGACCGGAACCUCCCUCCCUGGGUCGGAGGAUCGGUCACAGAAUGGCUGGAAUUAUCUCUAAGUUGAAGAGUGGGGUAACGAACAACACCCCUCCACCUCUAGAGAGUAACCCGAUCAUGCAAUAUUUCGAAGUUGGCAAGGAAAGCAGUACAGCUGGUCCUGGGCUUGUAUGGCGUGUGCAUGAUGCUUAUCGCAAGAGCGAUGGAAAGGAAUGCUCCGUGUUCGUGUUCGACAAACGUAUUGUGGACAAGUUGUACAAGCCAAAACGUAAGGAGAGCAUGCUUGACCGCAUCCGCGCCUGCAUCACCCAGCUCGAGAAGAUGCGCCAUCCAAAGAUGUUACAGAUUAUUCAUUCACUCGAAGAAGGCCACAAUACUAUAGCGUUCGCGUCAGAACCUGUGCUCGCUAGCCUUCACAAUAUCCUUGCUUGGCAUGAGUCGUCGCCGAUCCCUACCAGCGCUCAGCAGCCAGUGAUGCCGCAUCCGAUCUCGCUGGGACCGCCCAGCUCACAGCAGCAGCAGCUCACCGCACCCACAGCACGCCCGCCCUUUGCCAAGGAAUAUUUCUUCUUGGAUAUCGAGCUGCGAUACGGUUUGCUGCAGAUAAUUGAAGCUCUACACUACCUACACUACACGGCUCGGCAGAUUCACCGCAACGUCUGCCCACAAGUGAUCAUCGUCACCAAGCGCGGGACUUGGAAACUAUUCGGGCUUGAAUUUAUCGAAAAUAUCAUCGGGCCUGAUCCGACGGAAAUGAUGACCGUGCCGCCGUGGUCCAUCAAAAUUGCCAAGCUCUCACAACCUAACCUGGACUACUUGGCUCCGGAAGUUCAAACCAACGGACAAUGUAACAUCCUGUCGGACAUGUUCUCGCUGGGGCUGGUAAUUUGCACUAUCUUCAACAACGGCAAGCCACUGCUACAAGCCAACAACAACCCCAUGCUGUAUAUGAAACAAAUCGAAUUCCUGGACUCGCAAGUGGCGGCAGUGCUACCGCGCGUGCCAGCAGCACUGCAGGAGGCGGUGGGCCGGCUGCUAUCCCGCGACCCCCACCCACGACCUACCACGCAGCUUCUGCCUCUCAUCAAGUACUUCAAAUGCCAAAGCGAGCCGGCAAUCCAGGCGAUGCAAUUCCUAGACGUGAUUACAAUGAAGGAUCCUAACCAGAAGACUAAUUUCUACCGUGGCACCCUCAUUGACGCUUUGCCGUACAUACCGAAGAAGCUGCGGUGGCAGCACGUGUGGCCGGCGCUUCAGCUGGAGGUGCGUACGGCAGAGGUGCUCGCCGCUGUGCUGCAGCCCAUCAUCUGGCUCACCAACGAGGCCACCCAGGAUGAAUUUGCCCACUACGUCUUGCCUACGCUGAAAAACCUGAUGAAUUCACCCAAGAGCAUCCAAGCGUCUGUCACGAUUUUGGAGAACUUACACAUUAUUCUCAAAAAAUGUCAGAAAGAGGAAGUCAACGGAGAAAUAAUGCCCUUGCUCUUCACCGCCCUAGAUAACAAUACCAAUCAAAUACAGACGGCUUCAUUGAUCGCUAUACAGAAUGUUUCUGAUUACAUUGAAGACAAAGCUUUGCACCUUAUUGUAUUGGCAAAAGUUAAAGUGUUGCUUGAAAAAAAUCAAAGCGAUGUCAAAAUAAUCAGCUUGAUACUCGGAUUUUACGAGAAAGUCCUUUUGAGGCUCGAAAGGACGCACAUCCUGGAGCAAGUGAUCCCCACGCUGCUGAGCAUGCGCCUGAGCGACCCAGACAUAAUAAACCGGGUUGUCAAACUUUACAAAGCCAUGCUCCUGGAGCGCAAAUUUGGUUUAACUACCACUGUGAUGGCAACAAAAAUGAUACCAUCUUUGGCACCGCAAACUGUCAACCCAGCUCUGAACGUUGAUCAGUUCACUAAUCUCAUGGAGAUACUUUACGACAUGCUGGAUAAUAUUGAUAAAAAUCAGCGGUACAAGCUGAAACUGGACAGUCUGUCGCUGCCAAGCCCCGAGCGGCAUCGCCCGCUCCGGCAUCAGAUGAGUACGGACAAUAUGAACGUCCCGCCAUUCAACAUUCCUAACUUACGCGUGGAGCAACGCAAGACGUCUAGUGCUGAAGACAUGGCACGUAAAAAUUCUAUGAGUGGACCUAGUGGAACCGGCAGUGUAGGUGGUUUCAAGAGCACCGGUAUCGGGCAAUGGUUCUUCGGUUCGAGCAAUUCCACAAACAAUGAUGGCAACUUCCUGCGCGUGGCCAGUGCAUUCCCGAACAGGCGCCUCUCUGAUAACACUCUGAUGACACCCAAGAUACGCAUCGCGCCUUCGUGCGCCUCGUCCCCAGGCGGCACGCCAGGAGGCACCACGGGCUUGCCCACCCGUCGUCACUCGAGCAUCGGCCCUCAAGAGCGUCGCGGAUCUGCCGUCAACUUGUCGCCACCAACCGGUGGCUCGAUGCCGAACACGUCGUCGAGCGUGCCAUUCCUGCUCUCGUCGUCGAUGCAGUCGAUCCGGUCGCGGCGCCCGUCCGCGUGCCUCAGCAACUCGCAAGGCUCUGGAUUGCUGCAGCAGCUGAGCAGCGGCAUGGUAAGGCAUCUGCCCGUGGGCUCGUCCGGUAACGUGCACGGACACCCGCCGCCCAUGUGGGGUGGAUUGCAGGGCGCCACGGCGGCCGGCUACAGUGCUCUGCAGCACACCGCCAUGGCCGUUAGGAAAUGCCCCUCGCUCAACAUUACGCUGACCCGCUGAGCGCGCCGCCGCAGCCGCGCCUGCCGCGGUCAAUAUGUUUGCC